CCUCGGAUUUUCUAUGUACUAUGCACUGUAUUCCAUCCACUAUAAUUUGUUUACAUAUCUAUAUCUUAGUCUAGACAGAUUGAAAGGCGCUGAAGGGCAGAGAAAGCUUUCUAUUCGCUUUCUUUUCCUUAGCGUUCAUCUGGCACACGGUUUGUCCUCAGUAAAUGUUUAUUGGAUGAACACCUCUCAGCCUCGGGCAGGACUGAAGUCUAUCCGGUUAACUGGUGAAUUCCCAGGCUCUCCGCCACCGUGGCAGGGAGAUUUAAACCCCCAGCACCGUGAUUGGCUCCAGCUGCAGGGGUGUGUUCGCGUCCGCGGUGCACGGGAAGUGCGCAGGCGCGCGGCCUGGGCGCGCGCAGGCGCGACAAGGGCGCCGCGCCGGGUCCGGUGUUGGGGUGUCGGACCUACAGCGGCCGGAGCGGAGUGGCUUCACCCGCUUGAGUUUUGAUGCAUCAUGGAUAACCUGUCAUCAGAAGAAAUUCAACUGAGAGCUCACCAGAUUACUGAUGAGUCUCUGGAAAGUACGAGGAGAAUCCUGGGUUUAGCCAGUGAGUCUCAGGAUGUAGGAAUCAAGACCAUCACUAUGCUGGAUGAACAAGGGGAACAACUAAACCGCAUAGAAGAAGGCUUGGACCAAAUAAAUAAAGACAUGAGAGAAGCAGAGAAGACUUUAACAGAACUCAACAAAUGCUGUGGCCUUUGUGUCUGCCCAUGUAAUAGAACAAAGAACUUUGAGUCUGGCAAGGCAUAUAAGACAACAUGGGGAGAUUGCGGAGAAAACUCACCUAGCAAUGUAAUAUCUAAACAGCCAAACCGGGUGACAAAUGGUCAGCCUCAGCAGCCAACGACAGGAGCAGCCAGUGGUGGAUACAUUAAACGCAUAACUAAUGAUGCCAGAGAAGAUGAAAUGGAAGAGAAUCUGACUCAAGUGGGCAGUAUCCUGGGAAAUCUAAAAGACAUGGCCCUGAACAUAGGCAAUGAGAUUGAUGCUCAAAAUCCACGAAUAAAACGAAUCACAGACAAGGUUGACACCAACAAAGAUCGUAUUGACAUUGCCAAUGCCAGAGCAAAGAAACUCAUUGACAGCUAAAGCUACUGCUGUACUUGUUUAUCAUUUAUUCACUUCCGUUGCUCCUCCUCAAAAGUUGUUACCUUUUCAGAGUUUAAAUUUUCGGUUCCACACACUUCUAAUUGGGAGAUAAUGGGCCAGAGCGGUAACAGCCCUCCUGCUUUUUUGUUUUCUGUUGGGGGCCUACUGCUGCUCGGCCUUCCUUCUAGUAUUUUCUUCCUUAGUUCAUACAUCUAGGUUGAUUUUCAUACAUCAUGUAUAGUGUUUUCAUCCUCCUCAUGUACUUCAGCAGGUUCUUUUGCUUUCAAGAUUUGGAAGCAUUGCCAAAGACGGCCAUGAAGAAGGAAGCUGUAGAGGUGGUUUUUGUUUGUUUUUGUUGUUCGUUUUUUUUUUUUUUUUUUUUUUUUUUUUUUUUGCUUUUGUAGAGGGAGGGGCAAGAGAUAAGAGGUUGUCGACUCAGUAAAAACCUUCAGGCCACUAAGCAAAAAGUUGCAUAACCACAGUGAAGAUCUAGUUGGAUAUAGUUUUUAAGUUGCAGUUAUUGCCAAUUUAGGCUAAUGCUUGGUUUUGGAGCUCUUAUAUACAAUAUUUUUGUUAGGAAUCACAGUUUUGCAACCUCUACUCCAAAGAGAAAUUAUAGAAUGAGUUUUCUUAAAGUUAGCUUAAUUUCUGAACUCUUAGUGAUUCAUAUAUGUACAUAAAUCUGUGAUCCCAUUUCUUAUUGCACCACUCAGGAACACUUUGUAUAAAUGAGUGGCUUUUUAUUUCACAUUAUUAGUAGUAUCAUGGUUCCAUUAUAGGCCUAUUAACUUCAUACAUUGUCAUUAGCCUUUGAAGAAAAAAAUAUGUAAAUAUAUGUGUAACAUAAGACUUUCUCUCUAAAACAGGGCUUAAAAUUUUUUGGAAAAGUUUGACAAAGUAUACCACGUGAAUUCAGAUUUACCCCAAUGGUAAGAAUUAUGUUUUGUUACAAAAAAGGAAACUCAUUUUGAUCUCAGAUAGAAAAAUAGAUUGCAUUGAGUUUUAUGUAGCUUUAGACUUUAAAAAGUUAGAAUGUAUUCUGUGUUACUAAAAGUGAUUUGAAAAAAUUAUGCCUCUGGUAUAAUAAUUAUAGAUUACACACUGUCUUUCUCUUACCCUUGUGUAUUGAACUAUGUCCAUAAUCAAGUUGAUGUGAAUCCUGAACAGUGUUAUGAAAAUCUGAUUGCUAUUUGUCACAUUUAUUUUAAAAUCAGCAUCUGAACACUUCAAAGCUGUCAGUGUGGAUUGGUUUGACCAAUAUUCACUGCUUAAUCCUUAAAAUUAAAUUUUGUAACUAACUAAUGAUAUUGCUCUUUCAAAUAGG